AAAGAUGGCGGGAAGCGGUGCUGUAGAACAGGUCCAGAGUAGUACCCUGAGUGACCCAGCGUUCGGUAGCGACAUGUUGUCGGUACUGAACGACCUGAGAGCCGAGGGAGUCCUGCUGGACGUGACGGUUGUUGCAGGAGAGCAGGAGUUCAUGGCGCACUCUACAGUCCUGGCCUACGGUAGCGACUACUUCCGGGGCUUGUUCGCAUCUGGUAUGAAGGAGAGCCAGGAGAAACGUGUAGAUCUGAAGGACCCCAGUGUCACAGCGGAUAUUUUUGGUCUCCUGCUGGAGUUCCUGUACACCGGGCAGCUUGUGGUCUCCUCGCUGAACGUGUACGAGGUUCUAGCCGUCGCCAACCACCUGCAGGUUCAAUCGGCCCUACGGCUUUGCGGUGAGUUUAUCACACAACAUCUACGUGAUCCUCAAUUCGACAUGGCAAAAUACACCAGAGGAGUCCAGGUUGCAGACCUGUACAGCCUGAAGACCUUACAGGAGUCUCUGGACUCGGUGAUUGCAGAAGACUUCAUGGAAGUCACGAGCUCUGACGACUUUCUGGAGUCUGCUACAGAGGACGAGUUGAUUCGGAUUUUGCAGCUUGAGAAGCUUUCAGCACCGUCCGAACAACAGGUGUAUGAGGCAGUGCUGCGAUGGCUCACGCACGACCCCUGCCGGAUGGAGCAUGCAGCUGCAGUACUUAGCCAUGUGCGACUCGCGCUGCUGGAUGUGGGUUUGCUGUACGGCCUGCUGCGGACCGAACUUGGAACCAUACAAGAAUGCAGGAACCUUAUCUUGGAGGCGAUGGCGUACCAUAGUCUUCCAACUGAGACCAAAGAGGGCUGGCCACGUUCAAACUCCAGAGCACUAAUGGAUGAACAAGUGUUGUUGGCGUUGACCUCUGAAGCGCGGAAGUUCACGGUGAAGGGUUGGGAAAAGACCGCCAUUUCGUUUGGAGGGUCGACCGCCAGCGCAGUUGCCGUUGUUGGGAAUGUGCUGUACAUGAUUUGCAGUAGUGGUCUGCUUUUCAAGUCCUACGAUCCAGUAACUGGCACUAUAAACGACUUACACGCACCACCUGAUUUCCACCGCCAAGCACCGAGGAUGGUGGCUGUUGGUGCGAUGCUGAUUCUUGUAUGUGGAAAAGAUUACUCUCGCAAGAGUAAAGCUUGGUGCUAUGACAUCUCAGCGGGUCGAUGGAUGAAGAUACCUCCCUUGGACCAGUACACGAGUGGUGUAGCGUUAGCAAGCUGCCGGGGAGCUGUGCUUGCGAUCGGCGGUAUGGUGAAAAGUACAGACAAAGAUGGAAAGGAAAUAGAAGUGCAAACAUCUCGAGUCAAGAUAUUCGUCCCAGCAAAGAAUGUAUGGGAAGCAGUGUCACCCAUAACACAACCUCAUGCUGAAGCAACCACAAUGGUGCAAGGAAACGUCGUCUACAUAGCAGGUGGCGAGACGUUUGUCAACGGAAAGACGUGUUCUAACACAACCGUAGAGAUGUGCAGGGUGUCUGUUGAUGAUGGGCACGGUGUGACGGUCUCGCCGUGGUCUAUCGUCUUCCAGCCGCUGGUCGUACGCAACUUUGCCGCCCAGGUCGCCGUCAUCGACCGUAAAGCCUACUUCAUCCUCGGCAGACAGAUGCACUUCACCGGCAAGUUUGUCGACCAUGACCGCACGUCAGAGGAAGACGUGGAAGAUAUGUGCCAGUCGUUUCGGAAGAAUGUUCAAUCGGACAGUGUCGUGUGUGCGACUCUACUGUUCAAGGCACCCAAAGCGAUUUCAGGGAAGUGAAACUGGACUAUCAAAGUCAAUACCUGCUAACACUAACUUAUAUUUGCCACUUGCUAUCUCAUUCACUCACACAAUUUACUCUGAUUAUUUAAUCACUUCUACGUAUUAGGGCAACCAUGGCAACAAUACUUCUCAAGAGACUAAACUACGGAAGACUAUAUAGUUUAUA